AUGAACCCUGUUAAGAAAAGUGCCAGCUCGCGUAGUUCUGAGGACACCCAGACCCCCGCCCAGCGCCAGGCCGCCGCUAAGCUGGCGCUGCGUAAACAACUCGAGAAGACCUUACUGCAGGUGUAUCCCUCCGCCAAACCGCCGCCACCAGAAAUGAACUUCAUCCCGUCUCCGAGCAACACCGACUUCGUGUACCUGGUGGGGCUCGGAGCAUGUCGUCGACUACCUCACGAACGAGGAUCGCAUGCCCCGUCGUCGGUGCCUGCGCUGUGCGCGCAGUGCGGCUGCGACUUCACGCCGGUGUGGCGCUGGGAGCGCGGCGGGGGCGCGGCCGGCGCGGCGCCUCGACGCCACGUUCGCGCCCGCGCCGCCGCCGCCGCCGCCAGGAGGCUCUGCGAGCUCUGCGUCAGCGGGAACGUCAAGCGAGCGCUCAAGGCGGAGCACACGGCGCGGCUGAAGACGGCGUUCGUCCGCGCGCUGCAGCAGGAGCAGGAGAUCGAGCGGCGCCUGGCCGCGCCCGCCGCGUCGCCGCCGCCCGCGCACUCGCACGCGCACCGCCCGCUGCAGAUAUCGUCGUCUCGCGGCUCGUCCCGCGGCGGCUCGGCGGCGUCCCCGGCGCCCGGCAAGGGCUCCGAGCGCAGUACCGCCGCGCCCCCCGCCCCGCCCGCACCGCCCGCGCCCAGGACAAUGACGUCAUCAGAAUCGCUUCGCAGUCACCACUCGGAUCGCUCGAGAGAAACCAGUGAGGUGCCCGCCAAGAAAGGCAAAGGGUCAUCAUCAAGCAGCACCAGUCAAAACAGUAGCAGCAGUAAGCAACAUCAGCAGCUGGCAGCAGCAGCGGCGGCUCAGAUGGCCUUCGAGCAACACAGCGCGGCCGCCAUGCAGGCGCUACAACACCAACUGUUGCGAGGUAGCCUGAGCGGCGCGGGCGGCAGUAGCGGCAUGUCCCCCGCGGCGGCGGCGGCCGCCAUGAUGCAGUUCUCUCCGCUCAUAUACACCUACCAGCUGGCCAUGGCGCAGGCCUCCGCGCUAGGUAAGCGUUCGGGCAAGGGCGGCGGCUCGGCGGGCGGCGGCGCGGCCAUGGCCGAGAUGCAGCGCGUGGCCGAGGCCCAGCGACAGUACCUGCUCGACAUGAUCCCCGGACAGCAUCCCAGGAACCCCUGGACCAAGAACUAA